AUGGUUGUUCUUAAACACGCAGUGGUCUUCUUGGCCUCCCUCGCUACUUUGGCCGCCGCUUCCCCUGCCUCUGCUCAAUGGCAAAAACCAGACGUCUCGGCUACCGGGAUGGCACACCAGGGUAAGCCCAGUGGCGCUGGCGUAGGUGCUAAUGGAGAGAGCCACGAACACGGUGACUGGCAGCACUCGGCACAAGGGGACGACGAGGAAGGUGAACACAAAAGUUCUCUCCAAAAGGGCGACGGCGGUGGCAAUGCAAAUCACCAUCAAGCCCGCGAUGACUCUGCGCCGACUAAGCACCGAACCUUUGCCAAUCACAAGGGAGCUGACGCCUCCCAACACAAGUCCGGUGGGAAGGGAGAUAACGACAAGACCUUCAAACAGCAUCAUGCUCGUACUGAGGAGGUGCUCGAGACCCUUCGGAGGAUUGCCCAGCAUGAGCAUGAGCGCGAUAAGCAGCCACGAGACGUCGAUCAUGAUAGCCAAAUUGACGACCAUGGCCAUGGUCAUGAUAUGGAGCAUGAGUCGCAUGACCCGCAUGACCAAACGCAAACUGGCGAGCAUGGAAGGGGCAAACACCAUGAUACUAGGGCGUCAACUCAAAGAGGGGUCUAUGAGUGUGCCAAUCAGAACUGGGUUCACCCGUGUGUAUGGACCCCAUUAAAAGAUGGACAAUGCUACAACAGGCUGUACGGCUACCUUGGCUCCAUGGGCCCCGACAACGGUCUAUCCUGUACCAUCUACGAGCAACCAAACUGCAAUGACAAGGGCUGGAACACAUGCGGGCCGUUUGUGUGGCCAGGGAUGAAGAACUAUCAAACCAGCCACUUGCUGCUUUACAACGGCAUGUCUGAUGAUGGCCCACUCAGCAUCAAGUGCAAGUAUACUUAG